GGGAGCUUUGUGCGCCCGGCAUCCCAGCCCCGUCCGCGCUGGCCUCGGUCCGCCGGAUAAAGCCCUCCGGGCCAGCCGCUGCGGUAGGGCCAAGGUUCCGCGCCGGGCGUGGACGGUGGGGGGCGGCCCCGGCCCCGCAGAUCCUCGUUCCUAGCUGCCUGCCAGCGUCCUCAGCCCGGCCCUGAGGAUGGACCCAGGAGACCCCACCGGUGACCCCGCCACUGGUGAGCGCCGCUGCACGGGCCAGGACCCCCUCCUGCUCCUGCAGGCCCUGCAGACCCUGUGGUCCACGCGGGAGCGGCAGCAGCUCCAGGAGGAAGUCUGGCGGGGCUUUGCUGCCCUGGACGACCCCCUGGCGGGGCUUCUGGACAUGCUGGAGAGCUGCCGGGACCGGCGGGGAGAGGGCCCCUCCCUGGAGGCCUGGAUCUCCCGCCAGCUGCAGUGCUGGCUACAGGCACAGCCACGCCCGAGCCCUGCCCAGCACAGCCUGAGGCUGAAGCAGCUGCAGGCCCGAGCGAUCCGAGUCCUCACUGAGAGCGCCCCCAGCCUUGUGGCACCGCUGACCAGCAUCUUCCAGCUGCAGGAUGCAGACAGGAGCUGCCUGCUGGUGCACGUCCACCGCCUCCACCACGAGGGCAGGUUCAGAGAAGCAGUCAUGCUGGGCACGACGUUGAAGCUGCAGCCAGAACUUGAUGUUGAAAAGAUGAGCGUCCCACUGCUCCUCCAGGACAAGGUGGCCCUCGUGGAGCGCUAUGUGGCUGGCUUUCCGGACCUCCAGAGGAGGCUGCUGGCCCUCAUGGAUUCCUGGUGCCAGCCUGACUUUGACAUCAAGGACGUCGCCAGACAGUACCCUGAGGUGACCUCCUUGAGCCUGGAGAAGCUGAGUCCGAAGGUGCUGAGCAGGCAGGUCUUGCGUCUGCAGGAGCGGUACGGCGUCGCCCCGGCGCUGUGUCCCAAUGCGGCCAUGUGGCAGCGCCUGGCAGCCCUGCGGCACCUGUGCCACAAGCGGUUUGUGGAGAAGAGCCUGUCUCAGGAAAACUGGGCCGACCAUGUGCAGGGCCUGGUGGGGCAGAGCCCGUGGCUUCAGGAGCAGCUGUCUCAGCUGCUGGUCUCCCACGGUGACCCAGUCACAGCCGCCCGGUGUGCCAUGGGCCUCUCACUGCCCGAGGAGCGGCUGCCGGCUGCGGUGGCUGUGGAACUCCGCCGGCUCAGGCUCCAGGGGAGGGCGGCUGAGGCUGACUCGAGGCUGGAGGGGAAGGACGUGAAGGACCGUUACUACCAGCUGCCCAUCCCCAGGGAGAACAUGCACCUCCUGGCCUCGUGGGAAGACCUGACCAGAUAUGAGGGUGCACUCCUGCAGCCCCACCAAGUAGUUGGUGUAGACCUGGAGUGGACACCUGUGUUCGUUGCUGGGGGCCGGCCUCGGCCGUCACUCCUGCAGGUGGCCGUGGAGGGCCGCGUGUUCCUUCUGGACGUCCUGGCACUCUCGCAGCCACCAACAGGGCAGGGAGCCCAGGCCUUCUCCCGGCUGGUGGUCCAGCUCCUCUCGGACGCCUCUAUCACCAAGCUGGGCUAUGGGAUGGUGGGGGACCUGCAGAAACUGGGCGCAUCCUGCCCCGCCCUGGCCCACGUGGAGAAGCAGAUUCUGGGUGGCAUGGACCUGCUGCUGGUGCACAGACAGAUGCGGGUGGCAAACAUGCCAACCUCAGGCGUGGACGAGGCCAGGGGGCUGAGGGGCCUGAGCCUCCUGGUGCAGCAGGUGCUGGGCACAGCCCUGGACAAGACACAGCAGCUGUCCAACUGGGACCGGAGGCCGCUCUGUGAGGAGCAGCUCAUCUAUGCAGCUGCCGAUGCCUACUGCCUGCUGGAGGUGCACCAAGCCCUGUGCAGAGAGCCUGCCCGCUUCCACCUGUCGGAGGACCUGGCUGGGAUCCAAAGGCCCAGGCACACAGAGAGACCAGGGGCUCAGAAGCCACCCGGCUUGCAGAAGGCAUCAGUCUCAGCCACACCCAGGCAGGUCCCUGUGGCUGUGGCUGUGGCUGAAGGCGCCGCCUCUCAGGUCCCGGCCAGGGCCUUCCGCGUGGUGUGUGACAACAUGCUGCAGGGGCUGGCACGGAGCCUCCGCUGUCUGGGUGUGGAUGCACGCAUGCUGGGCAACGGUGAAGACCACCGCAGGGCGGCCGAGGUCGCCAGGCAGGAGGAGAGGAUCAUCCUGACGUCGGGGCAGCCAUUCCACAAGCUCCGGGCCCAGGUCGGGGCUGGGCGCUGCCUCUCGGUCGACUGCUCCCUGAAGGCCCAACAGCAGGCUAAGGCUGUGCUCAAGCAUUUCAAUGUGCGCGUCACCCACGCAGACAUCUUCAGCCGCUGCCAGGCCUGCAACUGUGACCAGUACCUGAAGGUCUCCAGGGACAUGAUGAAGCAGCUCGUGUGGCUCAGCGGCCACCAGGAGGGGCCCAGGAGCUCAGGUGACAAGGCCACCCAGAGCCAGGAGGUGCAGGAGCCAGGCCCAGCCCCAGAGGCAGCCCCUGGGGGCUGCACCUAUGACCGUCCCUGCCACUGGCUGCAGGCGGCUGACCUGCGGGCCGAGACACCGGACAUGCUGACCAAUGGCACCCGGCUGCAGCUGGCAGGGGUCCCGGUGGGCGUGCUGAGGACACCCGGCCUGCGGCACUUCUACUGCUGCACGCGCUGUGGAAAGGUCUUCUGGGAUGGCUCCCACCUGGAUCGUGUUGCCACCCACUUCCGAGACAUCCUGGAGAGCGCCCCCAGCCCCUGUGAGCCGAGCCCAGCCCCCAGCCCGGCCAGCAGCCCCUUCUGAGGACAACCGGACAAUAAACAUGGAAAGUGCCCGACUGCUGGGCCCACGGCCGUGGA